CUUCCGCUGUCAUCUCUCGCCAACGAUUGGCCGACGUGAACGUGACGUAAUUUGCGUGAACAAACAUGGCGUUUGAGCUGCAGUAGAGUUGUAUUGCCAUGAGAAAUGUGUCUGAAAUGUCAAAGGUUCCAACCCCACAUGCUAAGGUGGGUAAAGCCCCUGUGAAGAAGAAGAGCAACAACGCAAAACCUUACCAUAAAGCCAAAAAAGUCUACUGUAUUUUGUGUCGCAGGUUUUAUUUGAAACAUGAAGCACAUGACCAUAUGCAUAGUAUGCUGCAUCACAGAGAGCUGGAGACUGUGCUGGGCAAGGAUUCAUUUCACGAAUGUCAGGCGUGUAAGGCAUCCUCCAUGGGUUUAAAUGAGUUUGCUCAGCACAUCUCCACCGCUCAACACAAAACCAAGUUGAAGAGCUUGAUGAUGAAAAAUGUCAAGGCCGUGUCUCUGUGUAAGACUCUGAGCAAAGAGACCAUGGGCCGGAUCAUCGAGAGAAACAAGACACUAAAAAAAGAGGAGAAGAAAGCAGUGAAAAAGAAAAAAAAGAAACUGAAGCAGGUAGCUGGUCAGCAGCGUUCAGAAAUGCAACAGGGAGCCAGGAAUAAUAACAUGGCGGUGUCCAAUGUGGCGAAGCUGGCAAAGUCCAACCAAGUGAACAUGAGGAUGCUGCAUCAGGAAACUUACCAACAAGGAAGGAACAAUGCUGUUGUUCAAAACAAAGAGAACAAAGUUUCCAGUCUACAAAGGUCUCUUCACCAAAGGGAAUCAACUCGAGAACAGUCCACACAAUCGGCUCAGCAGCUGAGGUAUGAUGACAACUAUUCUGUCAAAAUUGAGAGCUCAGACAGACUUGUUAGAAGGCCUUACAAAACCCAAGGAGGUGCUACCAACAAGCCAAAACAAAAAUCAUGGUCUACCGUCACCCAGAAUGACUAUUACAACAAGCAGGAUGAUGGAGAAUUCACCAGUGAUCACCUUCCUCAUAACGGAGCCAUCAUCUUUGGUCAGGACCAGAAGGAGAGUCAGGCAUCUUCUCAGCCAGCACAAGAAAGUUCUGCUCAGCCUGCUACUGCAAACGGAACUGCGAACGCUGCUCCAAUACGGGACGUCGACGUCAGUGCGAUGCUACGGCAAAUCAGAAGAGCGCUUGGUGUGAGGGAGCCGUGUAGAGCUGACCGUGAAGCCAGGAAGCAGAACAGUGAGGCAGGAGUCCGGAUGGCCGAUCAUAGCACCACGAAACAAGCUGAAGAUGAUAAAGAGCAGCCGGCAAGUGGCUCCUUUAGGAAGUACACCAAGAAGGCUACACCGAACGUCACCUCUGCUGCAGCUACAUCUGUGCAAUCUUCACAGGUUAACAGCCCUGCCCUCGCAUCCCAAUAUGGCGUUUGUCACUCCGAUAUUACUCCCCCUAAGCCAAAGCAGACAACAUUAAAUAUGACACAAGGAAUGACUCAAUCGAUGUUUGCAGGUGACUCAAAUAGACAAUCAAAUAGCAGGGAGAGAGAAUCUCAGGAGCCCCUCGACAGCCAGACCUCUACCAGCCAAUCUCCGACCACAUCCUCUGAGCCCAACCUGAACAUCAGUCAAAAGGUUCGAAUUGCCCACAAAUCAGCCAAAGUUCAGGCGCGAAAAGAGGCUGGGCUUAAACCAAUCAUAAAUAAAAUGCUCAGCUCAUCAGGGGCCAAGAAUAAGUCGAGCUGGAGGGAGAUGUAUGAGGAGAGGAAAAGGAAAAAGCAGGAGAGAGACAAAGGCAUGCCCAGGUUUGGAAUUGUGUUGGCGAACCCUCUGUCUGACAAGGACAGCUCAACACAAGCAAAGGACAAUGACGCAUCUCUGUCAGAAGGCUUUCACUGGGAGUCGUUCACAGACAGUCCUUCAGGUGCACAUGGGACCUUGUUACCUCCUCCGCCCCAGAACACAACUUCUAAUGACUCUCACACAGAAACACAGUCAGAAUCUCAGAUGCAAGAGCCUUUGGAGCAGCCUGGUGCAGCACAGGAAGGCUACAGCAAUCAGACGGCUGAAGCUGUCUCUGUGAAGCAGGAGUGGAACUUGGAGGAUGAGAAUGGAGAUGUCAGAGCCAACAGUAUUGUCAGCAAGAGGAAGCGCAACGCUUAUGAUGGCAUUUCUGAUAUGGAGCCAAGUGGAAGAAAGAAGAAAACAAAGUCAAACAAUGACAAGGACCAAAUGGACCAGCUGUUGGCUGUGUCUCUGAGGGAGGAUGAGCUGAGUCACUCUCUGCAGGAUUUGGACAAGACUCUGGUCCAGGCCCGCAAUGCCCUGCAAGCUGCCUACACAGAAGUGCAAAGACUCCUGAUAUUGAGACAGCAGUUUACUGCAGAGGUCAACAAUCUGAGAACCCAGCGCAUUGAAAUCCUGCAAGGGAUGCAAGGAGGAUACACAGGAGCAGAAAAAGCCCGCACCUCAUCAGCAGGGUCUCCUGCUACUGUGCAUCCAAGACUCUCUCCCCUUCCUUCCUUAGCCUUCCCCACCUCCACCAGCCAGCAACCAUCUCCCAUAAACCCAGCAUGUUCCAUAAGCCCCCUUGCCUUGCCAACCAUGCCAGUGAAGCAGGAAAUCUUCAAACCAACCACAGCUGGACAGUCCAGUCAGUUUGCCAAAACAAUCUCAUGUAACUCUGAUACACAUUUCCCCCCCUCACUGCUGCUUCCGUCACCAUGCUUAGCUGCUCCUACAACUGCUGUUACCUCUCAUAAACAACUCAAACAAGAGUGCUCUGCAUUUGAAAGUACAAAUAGUUUUCCCGAAUCAUCAACCUUGCAGGAGACAGCUACGUUAGUGAGGGGAGAGACCCCCUCAGCUGACAGUGAUUCUGUGGAAGAGACGGGAGGAAAUCUCUGCAUAGAACAAGUUAAAGAAAAAGAGCCAGCAGCAGAGAAGCCAGUCUCCUCUGUUGUCCCCCAAAGAGGUCAAAUUACAUCUUCUGCAGCCCCAGAUGACGAUGGAGGGAACGAGAGCGACGCCUCUGUCGAAAUGGUGGAGCCCCGCAACCUGGUGGUCAUUGAUAUCGAUGAAUCGGACAACGAGGAUGCACCAAAUGUUCCCAUCCACCAAGAGCCUCCUCAAAAGUCUGUCAGUGUGGAGUUCAAUUCUUCAAGCACACAGACAUUCCAGCAAAGGGGUGUUGAGAGAAAAAUUCAGCCUGCAACUGUGCCAGUAAAAGAUACCAAAGUUGCUCUAGCAUGUGUGGAUGUGGUCGAGGAUGAGGAGCCUUCCGUAGGAGCUUUUUUGAAUCACACAGGCCCCGUCCACGGCCUCCAAGUUCACGAAGGCCAGUUGUACACAUGUUCAGGGGACAACACAGCACGGGCCUACAGUCUGAAGACCAGGGGGUGCGAGGCAGUGUUUGAAGGUCACACAAACAAAGUCAACUGUCUGCUGGUGUCGGCUUUCCUAAACAUGCCACCACGCCUCUACACCGGAUCCAGUGACCAGACCAUCCGCUGUUACAGCAUAAAGACCAAGAGGUGUCUGGAUCAGAUCUCUCUAACGGACAGAGUGUUGUGUUUGCACGUUGCCUGGAACAUCCUGUAUGCUGGACUGGCCAAUGGAUCAGUUGCUAGCUAUGACUUGAAGACUCUGAAGCACUUAGAUGUGUUUGAGUGCCACGGCCCGCGAGGUGUGAGCUGUCUGGGUACAGCACAGGAGGGCGCCCGCCGAGUGCUGCUGGUCGGCUCCUACGACAGCAGCAUCAGCGUACGGGAUGCCAAGAGUGGCCUGCUGCUGCGUGCGCUGCAGGGUCACACCAAAACUGUUCUCUGUAUGAAGGUGGUGAAUGACCUGGUCUUUAGCGGCUCCAGUGACACAUCUGUUCAUGCCCACAACAUCCACACGGGUGAGUUGGUUCGUAUCUACAAGGGUCAUGAUCAUGCGGUCACGUCAAUCGUCAUCUUGGGGAAAGUGAUGGUGACAGCCUGUCUGGAUAAACUGGUCAGAGUUUAUGAGCUACAGUCUCAUGACCGUCUGCAGGUGUACGGGGGUCACAGUGACAUGGUGAUGUGCAUGGCCGUACAUAGGAGUGUGGUCUAUACAGGCUGUUAUGACGGCACUGUUCAAGCUGUGACGCUCAACUUGAUGAAGAACUACCGCUGCUGGUGGCAGAAUUGCACUCUGAUCUUCGGCAUGGCGGAGCAUCUUUUGCAGCACCUCGUCAGAGAUCACAGCAACCAGAACCUGCAAACUGCCAAAUGUCGGUGGAAAGGCUGCAGCACUUUUUUUGGCACUCAGCAGUCUGUUCAGCAGAAGCUGCCCGAACACAUGCAGAACCACGUGAAGAAUGACAGUGAAGUGCAGCCUUGAAAACAGCUGCGGUGAAGUGAUGCAGCAAAUAAGGUUGGAGUCGCAUCUGUAACAACACAUCUGCUGAUUUUGUUUUCCGAUUUCUUUCCCCCAUUAAUUUCCAAUUGGAGAUAAUGUUUUCCUGUGAUUGUCUAUCUUUUAAGGUGAGCAUCUCUUGGUAUUGUGCAUACUGUAUGAUCUCUGUGGCAGUGAGACAAGACAGAUUACUUGUUAUUGAUCCCUGAAGCCGUUGCAUGAAUAGAUUAAGACGUUUAAUCUCUAACAUUCAAUCAGUCCUGUUGUUCAAAUAAUUAUUUUCAGGAUUAUUUGCUGUUAUUUUUUGGUCUACAAGUUUUUUGUUUUCACUAUGAAUUCAUGACUUGGUUUUAUAGACCAUCUAUAUAUUGAUGUAUAUUGUACAGUAAACCUCUUCAGCGAUGUCAUUAGUAUAUGUGGAGCUAAUUACUCAGAACAUUUAAACAACUAUGCAGCACUGAAAUAAACACUUCAGAGUAGUUUUUGCGAAGCAGCCUAUAGUGUGAAAUGCCUUCAGAAGCGAUCUUGUUUUAAUUUGUUUUGGCCAUUGACUCAAAGUGGAGGUAACAGGUUUUGAUAUUGCCUGAAUAUAUUGACCAACAGCAAAGCAGAGAUGCCAAAGUAUCCAAAUCUGAAUCAAAUGAUUCAGAAUUGAUUCAAAUUUAGUGAUACAUCAACACCCAGUUUGUGACAUUGUCUGUCUGCACACUCAAGUUAUUAUAAAGGAUUAUUCCACUAGUUUAGCUUUGCGCUCCUGUCAUAUUAUAAAUUACAAAAAAGGACAAAAAUCAACGCAGCAGAACACGAUAUAUAUUUUGUAUUCCAUGCAUUCGUCUUUAUGUUAAAACGUGCCGCCUACAAUACCCACAAUACAACUUGACCGCCAACAGUUCGACGCAGAUUUGGGUGCGUUAUGCUAGUCAUCCGUCAUUGUGAUCAUGUUGGGUUAUUUUAGGAAGGGUCAGAGCUCUGAGGAUGGUUGGGAGGAUUUUUGAAUCCUUAUUAAGGUUUUUCAUGAUUUUAUUCCUGAGAUUUUCCUCACUUCAGUGUGGAACGGACAAGUGCACAUGGACAUUGGCUCAGUUGUGGAAAUAUAUAGGCUUAAGUUGCUGUUUACUGUAUUAUUUAUGUAAAGGUGCAGUUUCGGAAGUAACUCCAGGGUUUGAAAUCCAUUAGCUAAUAUUUAGCAACUGAUACUUUCUGUAUAAAGAAAACAAUGUGUAUCUCUACCCUCCUGCUCUUAAAUUACUUUUUUUUUAAUCCAAAAAUUAUUUUUCCCUGACACCACAAUGUUAAGACAGUGUAUCCCUAAUUACCCGCUUUCAAGCAUGAAAAUUCCUUAUGUUGACUAAGAGGUUUGUCAAUAAUAAAAACAUGUUCAGCAUCAUUACACAUACAAACCAUCCACUAAUUUAUAACUUUUACACUUCCACAUUUCCCAGAGAGUUAUUCUAGGCAAUGUACUUGUCCCCUAUGUCACUUUGAAAACUCUACUACUUUGAAAAGUAGUCGUGAAAGUUGUCAGACUAAACUGUCCAGAGAGUAACUUCUAAGUAUGCUGUUUUGAAGUCAUGCCUUCAUUUUUGUAUGUUAUAGUGUACAGUGUGUAUUUGAUUUGUGUUAAUACCUACUGUGUGUGAACAGCAAUAAAAAAAACAAAUAUAACUCAGUUCUCAUAUUCAAACAUUUCUUAACACUGAUGUUUCUAUCUUUGUAUUACCAACCAAAUAUUCUUCACAACAUAGGAACUUAAGAUACAAAGGUCAAUGCUGCUGAUACCCUGCUUGGCUCACCACCAAUUGCUGCUAAAUGCCAAACACUGAUGUUACAUGGUAAUCAAGCUACACUGACUUCAGCAUUCAUCAGAUUUUGUUGCUCUCAUCAGCACUAUAGAGGGCUGAUCCCGUUUUAGGAAUAAGCAGGAUGUCAUUCACUUAAAGUGAAAAUUCACCACCUUUUAUGUAGAUAUCUAAUCAAUUUUGAUAGUGAAUGUUGUCAAUAUAAGCAAUAAAUCCUGUUGUAGUUCAAUUGUGUAAAUAAAGUUAAGAAAAUAAUCAGAAUUACAGCCACAUGGUUGUAUGCCUCUGUAAACCAGUCAUGUUACAGUUUACAUCCAUGUCUGUCCAAAAUUUCAUCAUUUCUAUUAUUAUUUAGCAUAAGAAACGGUGACCUUUGACCAAUGACUGCUAGUACAGCUCCACGAGCAGGAGAACUCAGCUUUCUUGAUCAAAUUAGCAAACACUAAAUUGACUACAUUUACCAUAAACACUGAAUGGACAU